CUUUUAUUGUGCAAAACAAGAAAUGGGGGCUUUUAUGAGUACUGCAGAUACAUCACAGAAAGAUGAAGUACCCACACAGCUUCUGGAAGAAUAUGAUCAAUACGAAACAGAAAAGGUGCUCGAAAAUCAGUUGAUGAAUUACUAUCAGAGUCUCUCUAAACACGAGAGCGACUUGAGCGCUGUGGAAACAUCAUUUAUUCCAGUAGUACGUGCAUCUAUUAUUAACAUUAUGGGAAAGAAACAAUGUGAAUCUUACAAGAAAUACAAUGCCUUCACGUCCACAGACCUGAGUAUCUUGAGAUCUAUCCAUAAACUACCUCAUUUUAAUGCAGAUAAACACAACGAAGUAAAUCACUUGAUUGAACCUCUAAAACGAGCUUUUCAAGUGGGUAGUAUGGAUCAAGUUGCUACUACCAUCGAAAACAUGAAGAAUAUACAGAUUUACAAGGGAAAUCCGUUUACUACAAUUGACUAUCAAUUGUUAGAUAUCAUUGAAUACAUAUCGAAUUUUUGUGUUCGACAUCAUAACCUUCAUUCAAAACCUUUUAUUCACUGGACUCAUAUAUUUGACAUAUUAUUUCGUGGAACAAACAUUAAACUUACAAAUCAUAAAUCCAAGUUCUCAAUAACAGAUGACAGUGAUAUAUCAAACGAUACCAUUUUAUUCCAAUGUCAUGCUCAGCAAACGACUACCGAUUAUGGACGCCAGAACAACAUUGAGUUAGCGACUUGCGGUAUGACAAUGAAUAUGCUUAACGCCACACAGCUUGAAAACGAUGAUAGAGAGGCCAUCUUUCAAAGUCAUUCAGUUCUUGUUAAUAAAUCUAUUUUAGAAGAGCUCACUAUUUCCUCUUAUCGAAUCAAUGAUUCAACAGAAGAUGUGUUUCCUAUCGGUAUUCAGUUAAUUGGUUAUGUCGGCUACCUGUACUCUGUGAAACCCUACAAGGGUGUUUACGUCGCAUCCCAAGUGUGUGAAAACACUCUCUUCAUUCCACAAACAUUGGCCGAAUUUCAAUCUUUUCUGUACAAUGACCAUAUUCUUGAAAUGUUGUGUAAUUUAAAGAGACACUAUGUUAACAUUGCCAAGGUCGUACGACGAGCCUCUUUUAAUCGUGGCAUAUAAACAAAAACAAAAAAAAAAAUGCACUGAUUUUCAUUGCUGUCUUUCAAAAAACCCUUUUUCUCCUCUCAUAAUUAAACAC